UCUCUCUCUCUCUCUCUCUCUCUCUCUCUCUCUCUCUCAGUUUCAGAGAGAGCCGCCAUGGACUCCGACGAGAGCAAGCUCUUCAUAGGCGGACUGGCCUGGGACACCACCGAGGAGAAGCUCACCGACUACUUCAACCAGUACGGUGACGUCAGCCAGGCCGUCAUCAUGCGCGACAAGAUCACCGGCCGCCCCCGCGGCUUCGGCUUCGUCGUCUUCUCUGAUCCCGCCGUCCUCGAUAGGGUCCUCAACGACAAGCACACCAUCGACGGCCGUGUGGUGGAAGCAAAAAAGGCUUUGUCAAGAGAAGAGCAGCAAACAUCCAAUCGAACUGGAAAUUUUAAUGCCACUAGAAGCUCCGGAGGUGGAGGAAAUUUUAAGACUAAGAAAAUAUUUGUUGGAGGAUUGCCUUCCACACUGACAGAAGAUGGAUUUCGUCAAUUCUUUGAAGAGUACGGCAGUGUUACUGAUGUAGUAAUAAUGUAUGACCAGAACACUCAACGGCCUCGAGGAUUUGGUUUCAUAACUUUUGACACUGAAGAUGCAGUUGAUAGAGUACUACAAAAGAACUUCCAUGAGUUGAAUGGUAAACUUGUAGAAGUAAAACGAGCACUUCCCAAAGAUGCAAAUCCUGGCGGUGGAGGUCGUGGUGGGGGCUAUCAAGGUUAUAGUGCCUCGGGAGCCAGUUCAAAUGCAUUUGAUGGCCGAAUGGAUGGCAAUAGAUAUAUGCAGCCUCAGUCUACGGCAGGUGGUUUCCCUCCGUAUUCUGGUUAUGGUGCUGCAGGUUAUGGUUACGGUGGAAAUACUGGUGUUGGUUAUGGAGGUUAUGGAAGUUAUGGUGUUGGUGGUUAUGGAAGUGCCACUUCUGGCUUUGGUGGUCCUGCAGGAUCAUAUGGAAAUCCAAAUUCCCCUGCUGGUUAUGUUAGUGGGGCACCCGGUGCAUUGAAAAAUGCUUGGAGCAGCCAAAGCCCCUCUGGCUAUGGUGCUUCAGGCGGCUAUGCGGCUGCAGCUUCCUGGGCUGCUCCAGGUGGAAGUGCUCCUUCUGCUCCCAGAGGUCAAUCGCCUAGUGCGGUUUCUGGUUAUGGAAAUCAAGGUUAUGGGUAUGGCAAUUAUGGAGGAAGUUACGGUUCUUAUCCUGGUGUGUAUGGGACUUCUGGGGGGCGUGGUGGAAGCACCCCAACUGGUAACAGUGGUGGUGGAGAGCAACAAGGAACACGAGGUGGCUACAUGGGAAGUGCAUAUGGUGACACAAAUGGAAAUGCAGGAUACUCUAAUGCAGCAUGGAGAGCAGACCCUUCACAAGCCAGUGGUGGUUAUGGUAGUUCUCAGUCCAGGCAGACAUAACAGCAGAGCUCCAACAGAGUUAGAAUUUCUUUCACAGGAAUCCUUACACAUGAUCUUUUACCCAGUCUAAACUUAUGCAUGACAAGAGUUGACAAUGAAUAUUUGGGCUUGUUCAAUCAGUUGAUUCUUGAUGGUAGUUGGCAGAAGUAGUUCUGCUAGAAAUCACGACCAUUACAUUCUAGCAGUAUUAUUUUUAGUAAAAUUUCUUUAAUAUUGUAGAAUUUAAUAUUAGCUUGCUUAGACUGUGUGUGUGCUUGCUAAUUUUGGAGCUAUCCUCAUCCUCAUUCUAUUCUCCUUCCCCCUGUUGUUUUCACUAGAUAUUUCUAUUCAAGUUAUCAUUGUGGAUAAUGAUGAUAGAUUAUUGUUGGUGCUGCGUUAAUGUCAUUUAGUUACUGUUCU